GUGCGCAGGAUCGCAAAAGCAGGCAGUCACACCGUUCUUGGAGCCAAAAUGGCGCUAUGUUUACGUCUCUACACAAACGUUUAUUAUCCUUAGCAAGUCCCGUGGAGAGCUAUGGUGUUUUUUCUCAUUGGAAAAGAUAGCUUAACAAUUAGCGAAAGCCCAAGGGAUCCAGGAUCAACCGGACAUUAGAUUUGCAGCAAUAAAGUUAAGCAGCAGCUGGGAAGGCUACAGGCUGAAAGGAUGCAGGCAGAGGCCAAAGAGUCUUCGUUGACAGAGGGCGAAGAGGCUCUGGGUGUGAAGGACACAGAAAAACCUGCAGCACGAAAAGAAGAAGAAGAAGAAGAAGAAGAAGGGCAACAAGAGACACAGGACGCGGAGAUGACUCCUGCAACAGAAGAUGGCACAACUACAAAGGAAGAAACGGAUGGAGACAUGGAUGUGUCGGAAGGAGAGGAGCACAAAGAUGACGCUCAGUCAGAUGCUGGAUUGGAAGGUGACAAGGGAAAGCAGGCUGCAGUAACAAAUGGUGAAUGGGAAAUUGCAUACAGCGACGAAGAAAUGGAGGACCCCAAAAACUGGAUGCCACCCCCCGCUGAGAUUAAAAGACUCUAUGAGCUCCUUGCUAAAGGGGAGAUGCUGGAACUGAACUUUGUGCCCCUUCCCAGAAGGCCACCUACACCUGAACGCACCCCGUCACCGGAGAGAGAUGAUGAAGACGAGGCAGCGAAGGAAAGAGAAAGGGAGGAGAGAGACCACAAGCCUGUAACUCCGACCGAGUUUGACUUUGACGAGAAAGAGAUGCAAGCAACUCCCAAAAAUUCCUUCAUCAACAGACGCAGAACACCAGGAUCUUCAGCACGCUCCUCAGUGAAAAGGGAAGCUCGGUUGGACAAGGUUCUUUCAGACAUGCAGCGCCACCGCAAAAUCGAGGAGCACAUCAUGCGUACGGGUCGGGACCUCUUCAAGACUGAGAAGAAGCGGGAGGAGGCUCUGUCACCGAACAGCCAGAAGGAGCGAGAGAAAGAGAGGGAGCGAGACAGCAACCCCAACACCAUCUUCUCCCCGAGACAGAGAAGAUACUGAAGUAUUAAGAGAUGAUCGAGGAUUUGCUGAGGACUUCUCAAAACUUGAAUUUUUUAAUGUAAUGAAUUUUCUAUGUUUUCUAUGUGUGUUUUGUAUAUUGGCAAUAAACGAUUUAAACCUA